AUGUUGGGCAUCUUGAAAGGCUCCCUCUUGCUGCUCGGGGUUCACAGCGCGUAUGCCGUCCGACAUGUCUCCCGUUCCGAGAAGAAUGGGACCCGAGACUGGGACGCUGCCGCCGUAAUGGCUUCGGACUUCGUCUCCAAACUCACUCUGGAUGAGAAGGUCUCGAUGAUCACGGGCAACUCAUCUGCAGGCAACUGCAUCGGCGUCAUCACGCCCAUUCCCCGGCUUGGAUUUCAAGGCCUUUGCCUUCUUGACGGCCCCGCAGCCAUCAACCGUGUCGAUCUAGUCAGCGUCUUCCCUUCAGGCAUCACAGCUGCUGCGACCUUCGACCGGGAUCUCAUCUACCGUCGGGGGUAUGCGCUGUGUGAGGAAUUUAAGGGCAAGGGCGGGCACACCUUCGACGGGUCCUAUGGGUCGUCACGCCCUGGGUGGGCGAACUGGGAGGGCUUCGGUCCAGACCCCUACCUAGCUGGGAUCUCAAUCGCGCAAACCGUCCAUGGUGUUCAAGACGCUGGAGUCCAAACUUGUUCGAAGCACUACAUCGCAAAUGAGCAAGAGACCCAGCGUUCCAACACCAACCAGACAGAUGGCACCCGGGCCGAAGCCAUAUCCGCCAACGCCGGGACUACGUCUGUUAUGUGCUCCUAUAACCGCCUCAAUCAGACCUACUCCUGCGAAAUUUCCCACACCCUGACCAAGCUCCUCCGCGAAGAGUUGGGUUUCCAAGGGUACACCGUUAGUGAUUGGUUUGCAACUCAUUCCACCUCGGAGUCCAUCAACGCGGGCUUAGAUAUGGAGAUGCCUGGCAUCAUCCCCUCUUACCAAGGGUCCGUCCUCUACUUUGAUGCCGAAGACUAUCCAACAGCAGACCCAACACUCCGAUGGGUGACUCUCAUUCAAGAAGUUGGUCUCGGUGCUGCCAAGGCUGGCGGCUUCCUCCCUGAUGACUUUGCCUUCGAGCAUGGCCGGGAUAGCAGUCCCAAGAUCAUCGGCGUCUUUGGCAACGAUGCAGGAGACAUGACUGACGGGUUCUACCGCCCGUUCGAAGUCCCCGAUAGCGUUAACACCGGCACCAUGAUCAUCGGCGGCGGCUCCGGCACAAGCCGCGCAUCAUACAUCGUCUCACCACUCAGAGCCAUCCAAGCCAAGGCCGCAGAGACAGGCGCUGAGGUGCUCUACGCCACCAACAACAAGCUCCUGGCGAGGAACGACUUCAGGGGCAUCUAUCCUCCGCCCGAGAUCUGCGUCGUGUUCCAACAGACCUUUGCCAGCGAAAGCUUUGAUCGCACUUCUUUCGAGCUCGACGGAAACUCCACCGCUGUGAUCGACAACGUCGCUGACUUCUGCGGGAACACCAUCGUGGUUACACACUCGGGCGGCGUCAACACCAUGCCCUGGGCGAACCACACCAAGAUCGGAGAAAUCCUCUUGGCGCACUACCCCGAGAAGGAGAGUGGGAAUUCAAUUGUCGAUCUUCUCUGGGGGGAUAUUGCUCCCUCGGGACGUCUUCCGUACACUGUUCCACGUGACGAAGCCGAUGCGGGCCCGCCAAUUGUCAACAUCACUGGGCCUGUUUCCGACCCCCUGGCCUGGCAGGCGGACUUCACUGAGGGCCAGCUUAUUGACUACCGCCACUACGAUGCCCAGAAUAUUGAGCCGCUGUAUGAAUUCAGCUUUGGAUUGACUUACACCACUUUUGCCAUUGAAGACAACAAAAUCGACGUCAGCCUUGUCAAGGGGAACAGCUCAGUGACGGCUCAUCCGGAUGCAUCAUUGAAGACACAGCCUGGUGGAAACCCACAGCUAUGGGACGAGCUCGUCACCGUCAAAGCCAAGGUCACCAACACUGGCGACCGGUCUGCGCAUGCCGUUCCACAGCUUUACUUGUCUUAUCCCACAGGAGCUCCGGAAGGAACCCCGCGAAAAGUGCUUAGGGGGUUUGAGAAGGUGAUGAUUGAUUCGGGUGCUAGUGCUGACGUCGAGUUUGGAGUGUUGCGGAGGGAUCUGAGCUUGUGGGACGUUGUUGAACAGGAUUGGGUCAUUCCUGGCGGACAGUUCACCUUCAGAGUUGGUUUCAGCUCUAGAGACCUCCCAGCUAAGACUAUGUUUUCCGUCCUGGGCUGA